GCGGAAGCCGGCGUGGAGCCGUGGUUUCUUUCUUGAUCAGCUUUACUGCGAGGCAGACUUCCUCUAAGACUCAUUCCCUAGAUUUCUCAGCCACAGUCCCUCCCUCAGCAUCUCCUUGGCAACCUCACAGGGCCCUGAACUCUGGCCCCUCACAUUUCAGCUGGACAGACCUGGAUUGUCUGGAAUCAGCACUGUCUAGGUGAAGAAGCUACAUUCAGCCUCUGGACCACAGGCUGAAUAAUUUGUUUCCUGUGUAUUAAGUCAGAAAUCCUUUCAUCUGCUUUCCUGCACAUGAUGAACUGUUAUUACCUCCAGUAAAGAUGAAGAAGCUGGAAGGGUUAGAGACCAGGUAGGACCAGGCUGCUGUGUCCUGCCUUUUUUCCUGUGCUGUACAGGUACACCAAAAUCAGAUUUUUUUUUUUUUUUUUAAAUCCAACUAUGGCUAAGCAUGGUGCAGUGGAAAGAAGCACUGGCCAUAGAGUCUAGGAGUUUGGGUUCUAGUCCUGGCUGUGCCACUAACUCACUGCGUGACCUUAGGCAAGUGUCUGCCCUCUCUGGUUUAGCCUUCCUUGCUGAAUAGCGAGGGGGUUGGUUAGAUGGUCUACAAGGACUCUACUAUCUUUGGCAUUGCUAAUAAUAGUAAUAAUAAUAGUUGUUUCCUUCCCUUGACUUUCAAGGUCCUGCCUGAGCUGACCCCCAUCUAACCAAAAUACCAGACUCCUUGCCUUGCCUCAAGGCCUUUGCACUUGGCGGGAACACUUAACCACAUCCACUUCCCACAUAUUUGUGUUUUCAAAUCUCCAUUGAAACUUUACUUGCUUCAGGAAAGCCUUCCCUGACAACAAAGACUAGAUUGGCCCCCAAAUUUAUAGACUCAUGGUACAUUCUGCCUUAAUUAUGCUUAAGUGUUUGUGUAAUUCUUUGUCUAAAUAUGUAUCCCCUAUCCUUUAAUGCCUGUAAAUGCCAUUAGGGCUCGAAAUCUGUCCUGUUCCCCAGCAUCUAGCAAAUAAUAGGGCUUAGAAAUUAUCUUAUGGCAUGAAUGAAUGAUCUUAUUUAGUCCAACAAUCUCUUGAGAUUGGUGUCAUUGUGCUCAUCUUGUAGAUGAGGAGACAGGGAUUGAGAGAGUGAGUGAUUUUCAUAGGGUCACACAGUGAGUUAGUUAGCAGAGCCAGAAUUUGGACCCAAUCUGACUCCCAAGUCCUGAACUUCCACCUCGUCUGUCGUCUCUCAUUCCAGGAUCCUGUGCUGUGAAGAUGUUCCCCAAGUGCCCGAUGUCAGCCAGCAAGUCUGACUCAUAAGGCCUGGAAAGAGAAGACUUUUAGGUUGUGGAGGGGUGAUCUUGUCCAGCUCAGUUUCCCUUUGGCUCUGGGACCUGAGGUGGAAUUGGGGUGGAAUCAGCCUCCUUUUUGCACACCCAUGGCACCCCGACUGCAGAUACGGCUGAUAACGUGGGAUGUGAAGAACACACUGCUCAGGCUUCGCCACCCCGUGGGGGAGGAGUAUGCCACCAAGGCCCGGGCCCAUGGGCUAGCAGUGGAGGCCACAGCCCUGGGGCAAGCCUUCAGGCAGGCGUACCAGGCUCAGAGCCACAGCUUCCCCAACUACGGCCUGAGCCGGGGCCUCACCUCCCGCCGGUGGUGGCUGGAUGUGGUCCUGCAGACCUUCUACCUGGCAGGUGUUCGGGAUGCACAGGCUGUGGCUCCCAUUGCUGACCAACUAUAUGAGGACUUCAGCAACCCCUGCACCUGGCAAGUGUUGGAGGGGGCCAAGGCCACCCUGAUGGGGUGCCACAGGAGAGGUCUGAAGCUGGCCGUGAUCUCCAACUUUGACCGGCGGCUAGAGGACAUCCUGGUGGGUCUUGGUCUGCGGGAACACUUCGACUUUGUGCUGACCUCUGAAGCUGCAGGCUGGCCCAAACCAGAUCCCCGCAUUUUCCAUAAGGCUUUGCAGCUUGCUCACAUGGAGCCAGCAGUGGCAGCCCAUGUUGGGGAUAGUUACUGCUGUGAUUAUCAGGGUGCCCAGGCCAUAGGCAUGCGAAGUUUCCUUUUGACUGGCCCAGAGCCUCUGGACCCCGUGGUCAAGAAUUCUGUACCUGAAGAACACAUCCUCCCCUCAUUGUCCCACCUUCUGCCUGCCCUUGACCGCUUAGAGGGCUUGCCCCCAGGGCUUUGAGUCUGCUAAGGGAAGUGGCUAUGCCCUGAGGCCCUGCAGAAGCCCCUAAACAAAUAUAGAAGACAGGGAGUCCUUUCCUUCCCUGCAAAUCUGGCCUUUGCCCCUCUCCCUGCAGCCUCCAUAACCCAUUCAGACUAUAAAGCAGAGUGCUGGGCUUUCCACCCUGCUCCACUAACCUGCUCCUGGUGUCUGAGAUCAUUCAUUACUGUUCACUCUUGUUCACACCUGUGUCCCUUUCUCAGUCCCCUUCACCUCCAACAAGAUUCACAAGCAUUUUCAAACUUCGUGUUAGCUGCAGUGCCCUAUAAUCAUGGGAUAUCGUAAAAUACGCAAAACAGAAAUAACGAGAAGCUGCUAAGAGUUGAAACAGAGGUCCUAAGGCUACUGAUUCAGGUUCCUGCAGCCCCCAAGACAUCCUCUGCCCUUGGAAGUGGGUGAGAGGAGCUUAGUUUGAAAAUCAGCGUGUUAAGCUAUGCUGUAAGGGACGCUAUCUACAAGGAUUACAGUCUGAAUGGGAGAUUUUAGGGAACUACAGUCAUGAGAAGAGCCACCAUAUGCCUGCUAUGUGUCAGGCACGCUGCUAAGUUCUUCAUAUGCAUUACUUUGUUUAGCCGUCAGAGUUACCUAGUGGGGCAGGUGUUGUGAUCCCUACUCCCACUUUACGAAUGAGGAAAACAUUCAGAGGUUAAAUAACCUGCCUGAGUCAGCAAGUGGUGGAGUCAGGAUUCAAAUUUAGGCAUGUCUGACUCCAAAGCCCUUUGGCUCAACCACUAGGUUGCAAGUAGAAGGAUCCGUGUCACAUGAGACAUACAGUGCAAUGGAGAUCUUGACAGUAGGGAAGAUAUUCUAAAGGAUGUCAAGUGUGAGCAGAAGCAUAGGGAAA